UUCCAUUUAUUUUUUCUUGUAAAAUAAUAAAAAAAAAUACUUUCAAACCUUCACGGUAUUGUUCCUUGCAAAACCAACAAACUCUCUGGGAAACGUGUUCAUGUAGUAUUUCCAGAACUCUAGAGAGCUUCCAUCAGAAUUGGGACCUGUGUUCCAAACUUUGAGGGCUGAUGUUGUUACCUGGUUUCUUGUUAAAGUUGUAUUUAUAGCGGUUAGUUUUCAAGAUGAACUGGCUAAUGAUUGAUCAUAUCUUUUCUAUCUCUUCAUAUGUGCAACUGUUAAGCUCUUUCAUGGGGGAUUGGAUUGAGUUGGCUCACUCUGGUGCAGAAGAAUUUUUUCUAUGCAAUAGUUGAUAGAAAAUCAGGAUGGCAACUGAAAGUCCUAUGAGAAUGGUGGAAAGCAGCAGAAAGUGGCCUUCUUCUAAGGAUCCUUCAGCUUUUGGGUUUCCAUUAAGAAAUAUGGCAGCAGAGCAGUCAAUACUCUCGAAGGAGCAAAGAUUUCUUGGAGAUCAAGCAGAAAUAGUUCCUAAUAGAAGUGGAAGCGCUCCACCAAAUAUGGAAGGUUCACUUGCAUCUGUUAAGAAUCUUCUAAUGCAACACAACUCUAGUAUGAAUUCGAGCUUGGCUAAUUUAAGCAGCAUGAUUGAAAAUUACGUGCCUGACGAACAACUGUGCUCUGAUCCGGCUUAUGUUGCACAUGACAGCUCGAACAUUGACUUAAUCCCAAGGCUUUCUCCACCUCUUAGCUCACAAGAGAAUCAGUGCCUGGUGAGCCGUAUGGGUGUUUUUGGCAAUAAUUGGAGUUUGACUUCUGUAGAUGACAGUGAUAAUGGAUCCUUCCAUUUGUCUCGAGGUUGCCUUUCUACUCAUAGGGAGGAGUCUGAGGAUGAUACUUCACCCAGGCCAGCUUCCAAGAAUUUGGCUGAAAGUAGUAAUGCACAUAUUCCUGGACAGAACACAGCUUCUUUGGCUAAUCGCCAUAAAAGUUUGGUUGAUCUGAUACAGGAAGAUUUUCCCCGUACACCUUCUCCAGUUUAUAAUCAGUCUCGUUCAUCAGGCCCUGCAGCAAUGGAUGGGCCUUUAGAUUCUGAUGUCCAUGCAAUUUCUUUGAAUGUUUCUUCUACUGAUACUUCUAAGCUACCUGAACCAAAUUCAGGCUGUACUGAAGUUUGUUCAGAGGCUUGUGCUCCGGAUGCACAUGCUUUUGGACUGGUACCCGAUAAUAAUCCUUUAGUGACCUCUUUUACGAGCUCAAGGUGUCUUGACAAGAGAGGGAGCUCACCAACGCUAGAAAACAAUGAAUCAAAUGAUAAAGAUGCUGGUUUAAAGGAUGAUGCAUCAAUUAGUUGUGCCCUUGGGCUAGAUGGCUCCAGAACUGACUCUAAAACUAGAGCAUCUAAUGCAGAGAGUGACAGGAACAAACACGAAGAGCCACUGUCUUAUAAAAGGAAUAUGGUGCAACACUAUCCGGCUGGACAGUGGGGUACUCAAUAUCAAGUUCAGGAGUUCCAGGCCCAAGUAAGUUCUCAAGGAACAAAUCAUUCUCGUGGUAUUAUGGAAAAAGUUCACCAUAGUCAUCCCAAUUUCUCCUCUGUUGAGGUACAGCCUUCAUGGCAUUCUCCUGGAUUCACACCUCCCGUAUAUCCAACAGCAGCCACUUAUAUGACAUCAGGAAAUCCAUAUUACCCCAAUUAUUAUGCAUCAGGGUUGUUUGCUCCUCCAUACAGUGUGGGUGGAUAUGCUCUGAGUUCAGCACAUCUUCCCUCAUAUAUGGCUGCAUACUCUUCUCAUGGUGCGAUUCCUCUACCAUUUGAUGCAACUUCUGGUCCAAGCUUUAAUGGUGGAACUGCUGGUCCUUUAACAGGGGAAGGCAUCCCGCUUGUUUGUGAUCUGCAACACCUAAGGAAAAUUUAUGGGCAGCAUGGAUUAGUGCUUCAACCUUCUUUUGUGGAUCCUCAUCAUAUGCUGUGCUAUGCACAUCCUUUUGAUAAUGCAUGUAACACUGCAUUUCAUUCUCGGUUGGCGCCUGCAAGUGUUAUUGGGAGCCAGGUCGAUCCUUUUGCUUUACAGAAAGAGUCAACUGUUGCCUCUUAUAUGAGUGAUCAGAAACUUUACCCUCCAACAAAUGGGAGUCUGAGCAUUCUCAGUCCAGGAAAAGUUGGAACUACUAGUAGUUAUUUUCCAAGUCCUCCUAACUUGGAUGCCAUGACACAACAUCCACCAUCACCUCUUCCUAGUCCAUUACUACCAUCAUCUUCGGUUGGUGUAAUGAAUCAUGUAGGUUGGCAAAAUGAAAUGAGGUUUCCUCAAGGUUCAAUUAGAAAUGCAGGACAAUAUUCUGGAUGGCAAGGAAAGAGAGGACUCAACUGCUUUGAUGACUCCAAAAGGCAUUCUCUUCUUGAAGAACUGAAAUCCAGCAAUGCCCGAAAGUUUGAACUCCCUGAUAUUGCAGGACGUAUUGUUGAAUUCAGCGUUGAUCAACAUGGUAGUCGAUUUAUUCAGCAGAAGCUGGAACAUUGCAGUUUUGAGGACAAGGCAUCUGUUUUCAAAGAAUUUCUUCCACAUGCUUCGAAAUUAAUGAUAGAUGUUUUUGGUAAUUAUGUUAUUCAAAAGUUUUUUGAACAUGGAAGUCUUGAGCAGCGAAAGGAACUUGCUGAUCAACUUGCUGGACGGAUGUUGUCAUUAAGUUUGCAGAUGUAUGGCUGUCGUGUAAUCCAGAAGGCCUUUGAAGUUAUAGAGCUUGAUCAGAAAAUACGACUCGCGCAUGAGCUUGAUGGACAUGUUAUGAUAUGUGUACGUGAUCAAAAUGGAAAUCAUGUUAUACAGAAAUGUAUAGAAUGUGUCCCUGCAGAGAAAAUUGGAUUUGUUAUUUCUGCUUUCCACGGUCAAGUUGCCAUGCUUUCUACUCAUCCCUACGGUUGCCGUGUCAUUCAGAGAGUUUUGGAGCAUUGCUCAGAUGAGCUGCAAGUUCAAUGUGUGAUGGACGAAAUUUUGGAGUCUGCUUAUGUUCUUGCUCAAGAUCAGUAUGGCAAUUAUGUCACGCAGCAUGUUUUGGAGAUGGGAAAGCCCCAUGCAAGAAGUCAAAUUAUCAGAAACUUCACUGGGACAGUUGUCAAAAUGAGUCAGCAUAAAUACGCUUCAAAUGUUGUUGAGAAAUGUUUGGAGCAUGGAGAUACUCCCGAACGGGAGCUCUUGAUUGAAGAGAUUAUUGGGCAAUCUGAGGAUAAUGAUAAUUUACUGACAAUGAUGAAGGACCAAUUUGCGAAUUACGUUGUUCAGAAGAUUCUUGAAACAAGCAAUGAUAAACAGCGGGAAAUAUUGUUAAAUCGUAUAAGAGUCCAUCUUCUUGCUUUGAAGAAAUACACUUAUGGGAAACACAUAGUUGCUCGAUUUGAACAACUAUUUAGUGAAGAAAGCCAAGCCUUGGAAUCUUAAGGUGCUCUGAAUGUGAUAGUAUUUCGUUCAAGUUAAAUGCAGGUUUUGGUCGUGGUGGGAUGUAGAAAGUUCACAGCUCUAACUACUUUGCGAGUACAAAAAUUUGAGAUGGGAAAACACGUUUCAUUCUUUGAAAAUGUAAUCGUAUUAUUGAAUCCGCUACUGCUAGCUGCCUGUUUGGUAUAGCCAAGUAUAUUUAUGUAAUUAUUUAUCAUCUAAUUGUGUCUAUGGUAUCUAUGUAUAGAAAAUAUCAAAGUAAUCUUAAUUAAUGCCUGGAAAAUAUGCUCUUCUGAGGUUUCUUGUGCAAA